UGGGCAGGGUCUGAGGUUUUGGAACCUUUUUCUAAAAGGGACAGAGAGAGCACCCUGCUGCAUUUGCUAAUCCAGAGGCUGGCGUGCUGGGCUGAGCUGGUCAGGAUGCAGCAGGUUCCCGUGGGCAGCAGGCUGGUGCUGGCUCUCGCCUUCAUCCUGGUUUGGGCAUCUUCAGUUCAAGGUUAUCCUGCGCGGAGAGCCAGGUACCAGUGGGUACGCUGCAAACCUGAUGGCAUCUCCGCAAACUGCGUUGAGGAGAAGGGACCGCUGUUUGACCUGGUUACUGACGACUCCAACAACAUUGGCCGUCCAAUGACUGAUCCUGUUUUGAUGAGAGGAUUCCCGAAUGAUUUCUUCCCCAUUUCUGAAGACUUUUCUGGGUCAGGCUCGGGCUCCGGUUCAGGUUCCGGCUCCGGUUCUGGUUCCGGUUCCGGCUCCGGAAGUGGCUUCCUAGCUGACAUGGAAUGGGAAUACCAGCCAGUAGAUGAAGGCCAAGUUGUCUAUUACGACUAUAGGCCUUCUGAUAGGAUGCUCUCAGAGCAAAACCAAGAGCAACCAGAAGAUUUCAUUAUAUGAAAGUGACCGCUUCCGUUUCCCCACCGCCACAUGGAACAAUGUGUUCAGUAUACUUUGUGUACCACGUUUAAAUGAUCAGUCUCAGGAUAAAGAAUUUUACAGAAAAUUAAAAAUGCCUGGCAAAGACUCUUAAA